AUGACACAGGAACAAGUCGCCCCGAGUGCCCCAGCAGCCCCAGCUCCUAACCCACCUCACGACCCCUCUCACCAAGAGCACCAAUACCUAAACUUGAUCCGCACGAUUCUCGCCGACGGCGAAUUUCGCCCUGACCGGACCGGCACCGGCACACGGGCUAUCGCUUUUCCAAAUCAAUUGCGCUUCUCUCUCUCCAAACCGAACCCCGACGGUGGUGCCCCGAUCCCCGUUCUGCCCCUCCUGACGACAAAGCGGGUUUUCCUACGCGCGGUGGUCGCCGAGCUUCUGUGGUUCAUCUCCGGCUGCACAUCCUCCCUACCCCUCUCCGAGGCCGGCAUAAAAAUUUGGGACGGUAAUGGAAGCCGCGAGUUCCUCGAUAAAGUCGGACUGGGCCACCGCGCGGAAGGUGACCUGGGUCCCGUAUAUGGCUUCCAGUGGCGGCACUUUGGUGCCGAGUAUGUUGACGCAAAGACGGAUUAUACAGGCCAGGGCGUUGACCAGUUGAAGGAGGUCGUGAACAAGAUCAUGAACUCACCCUUCGAUCGCCGCAUUAUCAUGUCUGCUUGGAACCCUGCGGAUCUCCGCAAGAUGGCUCUCCCACCUUGUCACAUGUUUGCGCAGUUCUACGUCUCUUUCCCGCCAACUAUGAAGAUUGACGAGAAGACUGGCCGCCCGGACCAGAAGGGAACACUCUCCUGCCUUCUCUACCAGCGCUCCUGUGAUAUGGGUCUUGGUGUUCCCUUCAAUAUCGCAUCAUACGCUCUUCUCACUCAUAUUCUCGCCCACGCGGCCGACCUCAACCCUGGACAGCUGGUCCACACCAUGGGCGAUGCUCAUAUCUACCUGGACCAUAUCGAAGCUCUCAAUGAACAAUUGACUCGUGAGCCGACUCAGUUCCCAGAACUCCGUAUCAAGCGUGACGAUCGGGGCAGUGCUGUUGUUGAUGGGUGGAAGGAAGAUGAGUUCGAAGUCAUUGGAUAUAAGCCACACAAGAUCAUCAAGAUGAAGAUGAGUGCAUGA